CAUUUAUCAAAAUUUACGGAUAGUUUACUGCGGAAGAUCUGUGAAAGAUUGAGUAUUUAAAAUCUUUCCUUAGGAGAUAACUUUAAAGUUUUUCGAUGGAGGUCCGCUUAGUUGGUGAAGGUAGCAUCGCCACGGAUAAGAAAAAUGCUCGCGGCAUUCCAAAACUUCGUGAACUUUUAAAGCGUCAGAAAGGAGAAACAGAUGCUUUAGAUGGAGUUCCAGACGUUGAGUUCAUUUACGCUGAUGCACAGUCCAUUCAGGAAGAAUUGGCUGAAGUUUACAGCUAUACAGAAGACGAAGAGUUUUUUAGAAACAAAGAUGAAUUUUUCAGUCAAUUUAGCAAUAUUUCCAGUUGGCAUGUAUUAUCUGUCGCUGAGAAGAAGUCGUGUCUUAAUCAAUUGAUCGAUAAAAUUGAUACUAUUGUUGAUGAUAUCCGUAUACCGGCCGGAUAUGCCUUGCUAUAUCUAGCCCAAGGGGCUUUUGAGUUUGGUUUGAGCCAAGAUAAAUUGUUCAUAGAGUCUAGACGAAAUGUAUUUCUUAUGUAUUCUCAUGGUCUUUUUCAUCAUAUUGUUCAGCUUUUGACGUUGGAAUCAGAAAACCCCAAUUCAGGAAUAAUUAUAAUGCAAAAACCAUCAAUAUCAAUUAAUGAUAGUAAUCUAAUGAGAGUAUAUCUCAAUAUUUUGUAUAUCAUGGUUGAAACCAUGAGACAUGUUGACCCUACAGAUACAAUGAUGAUGAUGGAACAGAGGGAAGCCUUUAUUUUCGAGUUAAGUCAUCCUGUACAUGAUGAAAGUCUUUCUAUUUUUUUGUUUGAAUUGGUUGUAAAAUUCUGUGCUGGCAAUUGUCCUUAUUUUCCAAUCAAGAAAAUUUUGUUGCUGCUCUGGAAAACUGUUUUGGUCACCCUUGGUGGAACAAGUGAAAUCAAGAAAUUAAAAAGACAAGCAAGGCUUGAUGCUGGACUUCCUGAAGAAUUUGAUGAACAAAUACUUGAAGAGAAUAAAAAUUUUGAGGAUUCAACAUGCUCUGGAAAUAAAAAAAUGGAAGAAUCCAAUGACAACAUAUUCAAACCUCCAAUUCGUAAGUUAAGACCAAAACCAAAAGUUCGUCAAAAAGACAUUGAUGUUUUUCUUGAUGCCACAAGAGCUAAGUUUGUUGGUUAUCAAAUAACUGGUGAUGAUAGCACAUUGGCUGGUCUUCCUCAUCCGAUACAUGAAGGACUUCAUGUUAUGAAGAAGCACAUCUACACAUCACUUGGUGAAUAUCAACUCAAGGUAGAAGAAGAAGCACUAGAAAGACCUUUUUCUGCUAAGAAAUUUGAAUCCAAGCACGAAGCAUGUGAAUCUUUAUAUAGAUCAUUGUUGCCAAAUAUUCCUCAGUAUAUGAUUUCUCUGUUGAAGAUUCUCCUUGCUGCUUCACCCACAGCAAAAGCCAAAAAUGAUUCAAUAAAUGUUUUAAUUGAUGUGCUACCAGAAGAAAUGCCUACAACAGUCAUCAGUUCAAUGCGAUUGGGUAUUGAUGUCAAUCGACAUAAAGAAAUAAUAGUCAAAGCUAUAUCUGGUCUACUUUUACUCCUUCUUAAGCAUUUCAAGAACAAUCAUAUUUACCAAUUUGAAUUUAUCAGCCAGAACUUAGUAUGUGGGAACUGUAUUCCCUUGAUUUUAAAGUUCCUCAACCAAAAUGUGUCAUCUUACAUAUCCACAAAGAAUUUCAUUCCACAACUCGACUUUCCUGCCUGUGUUCUAACUGAGAAAUCCGAGUUAACUGCAGAGAGUUUAGAGAAUAAUGCUUCAGAGAUGUGCUGUUGGAGAAACAUGUUUUCAUGCAUUAAUUUGUUACGAAUUCUGCAGAAAUUGACUAAAUGGAAACAUUCCAGAACCAUGAUGUUGGUUGUGUUCAAAUCUGCACCAAUUCUUAAACGUUCUCUAAAAGUUAAGCAUGACACAAUGGAGUUGUACGUCCUAAAAUUAUUGAAAGCACAAACCAAGUACCUUGGUCGCAACUGGAGGAAGUCCAACAUGAAGACCAUGUCUGCUGUAUAUCAGAAAGUCCGCCAUCGCCUCAAUGAUGAUUGGGCUUUUGGUAAUGACAUGGAUGCUAGACCAUGGGAUUUACAAGCAGAGGAAGGAUCCCUUAAAGCUUCUAUCGAUCGUUUUAACAACACAUAUUAUGGGCCUGGUAAUCCACAUGAGAUAACAAAUGACUUCAGAAAAUAUAAUGUGAACAUUCAUAGUGUAUUGGACUCAACUGUUGAACUAUCUGACGAGUUUAAAGGUGCUUAUGAAAAAUGGCUUGAAAGAGAAGUGUUUUCUGCACCAAUUGAAUGGGAACAACUCUGCAGUUGUUCCUUUGGCAAUCAGUCAUAAAGCAGCUAAUUGCAUCUAAUAAGUUAAUAAUAUAACAAUUGAUGCAGAGUGUAAUUUUAGACAUGAAUUAUUGGCAUUAAAUAGAAAUCAAA